CGCCAAGGCACUGAAUAAAUGCUGAUUUUUUAAGAUCCUUCUAGCCGUUAAUUCAAUUCCAAAGGCAAAGCAUUAUGUCGUUGUUGAAGCCAGUCACCUAUCUCUACCAUGAGUCUGGACUCCAGACCCUGCUCCAUGCCGACGGCAACACAUGGCUCAUCAUCCUGACACGGAUGUUGCGCAUGUUUGCGUACGGUUUCAACGCUCUGAUCCUGGCUCUCUUCUUCGAGUCCCUCAAGUUUUCGGACUACAGCAUCGGUCUCUUCUAUACCCUGACGUUGCUUGGCGAUGUUGCAUUGUCUCUUUUCCUUACUCUGGUUGCCGAUGCCCUAGGACGACGCAAGAUUCUGUUCUUUGGUGCUGCUUUGAUGGUCCUCUCAGGUAUGGCGUUUGCCCUGAGCUCGAAUUACUUCGUUCUUCUUUUUUCAGCCGUGAUUGGGGUGAUCAGUCCGAGCGGUAGCGAAAUCGGUCCUUUCCGUGCUGUGGAAGAAAGUAUGAUAUCGCAUCUCACAACGCCCGACACGCGCACCGAGGUCAUGAGCUGGUAUGUCGUCAUGCCAGCUGUAGGCACAAGUCUGGGCCUCUUUGCGUGCGGGAAUUUAGUCAGCACUUUGACGGAGAGAAUGGGUUGGGAGGUUAAGAGCGCAUAUCACGCCUGCUUCUGGAUUUACACCUUAUGCGGGCUUGUCAACAUGGGGCUUGCCAUGUUCAUGACCCAGAAAUGUGAGAUCGAGGACAAGAAACCCGAUGUUGCGGAAGGCGCACGACCGGAGAAAAAGAAGUCGAAGUUUUCACAGAUAAGCAGAGAGUCUCGGCCGACGCUGUACAAGCUUUGCGCACUCAUGUCCGUCGACUCACUGUCUUCCGGAAUGGCAGCCUAUUCUCUCAUCAAUUUGUACGUCGACAGGAAGUUUUCACUUCCCAAGUCGUAUCUCGGAGAUACAAUGUCCGGCGUCUGGGCGGUGAGCGCGUUCAUGAACAUCUGGUCGCCGGCUAUCGCAAGGCGGAUCGGCCUCAUUAAAGCCAUGGUCUUCACACACCUUCCAUCAGCAAUAUUCCUCGCGCUUCUCCCAGCGCCGCGGAGCUGGUGGCUGACAGCGGUGCUGCUCUUUGCUCGCGCUGCCCUGAAUAGUAUGGACCAGGCACCGCGAACAGCAUUCAUCGCCGCAGUCGUCAAACCGGAGGAACGCACUGCUGUCAUGGGAAUCGUCAACGUGCUCAAAAUUUUAGCGCAAAGCGGUGGGCCUUCUAUAACAGGCUCAUUGGCCGGAGCUAAUCUUUUCUGGCUCGCAUUCACUCUGGCCGGAAGCCUCAAAGCAAGCUACGAUCUAGGCUUGUUGAGCAUGUUCGUUAACACAAGGCUGCACGAGCACGAGAGAGGAAGUGCUUCGAAAGGGCAGUAUGAGAGGGUCGGCCAGGAGGAAGAUAGAGACGCGGAGAACGCGUUUGCACUCGGGGAAAAUGACGUGGACGGUGAGAGCUAUGAUGGAGACGAAGAUGGAGAGGCGGAUGGAGAGGCGUCUAAAAAGGGAGAUUUGCCUAAGAGAAGUGACAGUUUCCCGCUGAAAGCAAUAUCUUAACUAGAUUUCCAAAUCCAAAUAAUUAGCUUCAAUAGCAUAUAAGAAGUUGCAAAUUCGAGAAAGAGGUUCGCAGCUACCACCUGUUGCUCAUGCCGCAACACGCAUGAUCAGCAUCUGCGCCGGGCUCGACAUUCUGGCCUAAGCUCC